AUGGCCCCUCUCACGCGCCUGAUCGCCCUUGCGGCCUCCCUUGCCGUCUCUUCUGCGACCACCAUUGCUGAGAUCAACGGCAACAAGUUCCUGUCGCCUUUGAAGGACCAGACUGUGUCGAACGUGACCGGUGUCAUCACUGCAAAGGGCCCCGAUGGUCUUUGGAUCCGUUCCACAACGCCUGACCGUGACGAGCGCACUUCGGAUUCGGUCUACGUCUUCGGUCGCACGUUUGGCGCCAACUUGACUGUUGGCGAUGCCAUCACCAUUGGUGGAAAGGUGCUCGAAUACCGCAGCAACAAAGAUUACAUCUACUUGACGGAGGUAUCGAAUCCAGUCCUGGAGAAGGUCGUCAGCAAGGGCAACAAGGUGUCACCACUCGUCAUUGGCAAGGAUACUGGCAACCCACCCACAGAGCAGUACAGCAGCCUUGAUGGCGGCGACGUGUUUGCCGUGCCCAACAACAAGUCGCAGAUCAGUGUUGCAAACCCAACGCUGGAGCCGAAGAAAUACGGACUCGAUUUCUGGGAGAGCUUGACCGGUGAGCUGGUCACUGUCAAGAAAGCGAGGGCGCUCACCAAGCCUAACCAGUACGGCGACACCUGGGUUGCUGGAAGCUGGAAGGUCACUGGAACCAACGACCGUGACGGUUUGACCACAACUGACAAGGAUGCCAACCCGGAGACUAUCAUUGUCGGUUCGCCGCUCGAUGGCACCAAGAACCCUACCGAGACGCGUAUGGGCGACAGUCUGGAGGAAAUCACUGGCAUUGUCACCUAUGCCUUCGGCUACUACCGCAUCCUGCCAUCCACUGCUCUGAAGGUCACCGGCUCGAAGAAGCCUCUGAGUCCCAAACCCACCAAACUCGAGUCCAAGAACGACUGCGGUGGUAUCACUUUUGGCGCAUACAACGUUGAGAACCUGGCGCCAACUUCGUCGCACCUUCCCCACGUUGCCGAGCAGAUCGUCGACUACUUGAGGAGCCCGGAUGUGGUCUUCAUCCAAGAAGUCCAGGACGACAACGGCGCCACCAAUGAUGCAGUUGUAUCUGCCAACCUUACGCUGAGUACUCUUACCAAGGCUAUCAGCGCAGCCGGAGGUCCGAACUACACUUUCGUCGACAUUGCGCCUGUUGACGACAAAGACGGAGGUCAGCUUGGUGGAAACAUCCGUGUCGCGUAUCUGUACAAGCCUUCGGUUGUUCGUCUUUACAAGCCCAACCCCGGUAGCUCGCUCGACAAGACUGAGGUCGUGAGCGGCCCAGCUCUUAGCUUUAACCCGGGUCGUAUUGAGCCUGCGAGCGAGGCAUGGACAGCCAGCCGCAAGCCUCUGGUUGCGCAGUGGGAGGUCAUUGGCAAGAAGGGAAAGAGCGCGGGUAAUUUCUUCACCAUCAACGUCCACUUUGGAUCGAAGGGCGGAAGCAGCAGCAUUAUGGGUGACGCCCGCCCGCCUGUGAACGGAGGCGUUGAAGACAGGCUGGAGCAGGCUACGCUGACGGCAAACUUUGUCAAGGAAAUCCUUAGCAAGGACAAGAACGCCCGCAUCAUCACGGCCGGCGACUUCAACGAGUUCACAUUUGUUGAGCCCAUGAAGCAGUACAUGCAGAUCUCCGGGCUCGAGGACAUGGACGCGGUAAGCGGCAUCGAUAAGGUGGAGCGCUACACGUACCUGUUCGACAUGAACGCGCAGCAGCUGGACCACAUGUUCAUCUCGCCCAGCCUGGUCAGCAAGGCAAAGUACGAGCACGUCCACCUCACCACGUGGGUUUCGUACGACGAGCAAGUCUCCGACCACGACCCCAGCGUGGCGCGAAUGGAUGUUUGUGUGUAG